UGACCCGGUGUUGUCAAGGCGGGCAACCUUGGAGUGCGCCGGGCCCAGCAGAUGGGAUAGCCUGCCCCUUGCCGACAGGUGGCCACUCUCAGCGAGCAGACGACACUCUCACAGUCGCCGUGCAGUAGCAGACGCCUUGCAUUUGGAGGAGAAUUGUAAGGGGCCACCCGAGCGGACACUGCCAUGACUUUCAGCGACUACGACUGCAGCGCUGCAGCCCCAGCGGAUCGACAAAUGCAUGCAGUCCAACACAGCAAGGCACGCAUGCACAUGGACCGCGUGGCACGUGGAGUGGGCGUGGCCCUGGCCAAGUGCUUGCGGCAGGCGAUGGAGCAGGGACGCAUGACCACCGGUAUCUGGCACAGCGCGAGGGUCCUACAGAGGCGGCCGGAGCGCGUGCUGGUCUGCAUUCUACCAACGGUCCGCGAUGUCAACGACCACGCCCUGCACAUCCACCACACACUGAUCACCGCCUUCUGCUGGGAACACGGCAUCCGACUGCUCAAGGUGGAACAAGACACCCUGCACGACGCGAUGAUGAAGCUUUGGCUCAGUCACCAUGACAACGAGAACUCAGCACUCCCUUCUCAGACGCCGUCGCCGUCACCAUCAGCCUCGCCGCCGGCAGAGGAGCUUGACGUCAGAUGCGUGCUGAUUGAGACUUCGCUCAAUGGUCUGAGUUUCGAGGAUGAAGUGGUGCUGGACUUUCACGACGAGGUGAUGGUUGGCUCCUGCUACCCGAAGCCUGUCCUCAAGUUACCCGGUUGAGCUCCCCUCAUAUGCCUCGAGGGACAGUUGCCCUCAUGACCUUGGCUUAACUGGGUAGCUCUACAGUUGCCCUCAUGAUCUUGGAUUGCGGUCGAAGAAAGAGUCAGUCUCUAAAGGAUCCGCUGUUUAUUAUUAUUUUUUUUAACAUUCGCCAUGAAAGACGUGGGUUACUGGACUUGACCCCUGACCCUUAGCGCCCAGUAGAAUGACUGGUGACGGGCUGCUUGCUGGCUACAGUGCUGCACAGGGUCUUCCCUUGUCCUGAUUGCCAAGUCAUCUUCGCUUCGGACGAACGAAAAAUCUCGGCGAAAAUACCGAGAAGGAAGCGGGCAGAGAGAUCGCCUAUAAAUAUUUAUCAUCAGUGAAAUUUAGCUUUCAAUCGCUUCAGCUUUUCACCCCUGCCCUCUGCCCUCUCAACCAGCCAUCCUCACGGUCACCGUGGUGCAGAGUGACAGAGCAUGGUGGCUAUUUUGGGGGAUGGCGAUAGCGCUGCCACGUGACUUUGUGAGUGGAGCGCUAACGACUCUACUUGCGUCAUUCUCCGAGGAGAACACCGUCAUCAUCCUCACCAGCCGUUGAAGACGCAGCACAGUAGUACUGGGGAGUACAGGCACUCCUCUUUACUCGCAGUGCCAGACAGAUUGUGACUAAAGAGAGCUUAUCAGUGAUGGACCAAGUCGUCGUGGCCGACAACAGAUCGUCGCUUUAUGGAGUAAGCUUAUUGCGAAGGUUGAUUACACUUUGCAGAUGCUGAUCGUAAGCAUGGACACUGCUGCAGAUGUUUAGUAGAUGUAUGUAGAUGUAAAUUGUGCACAGGACUUGCUGACAUUUACAGCCGUGAGCUUGUAUGGUGUGUUCACAAUUAUUCCAUUAUGCAAUCAUUUUGUCUACAUUUGAUGACAAGAUUCCUGCCUACAUCUCCAUUUCACCUUUCAGCAUCGAAAAACAAGCUUGAAACUAACAUCUCGCGAUAGGAUGUCACGUGACUCUAUGGAGUCAGCUCUUGUCAUCGACGCACAUCUUGCACUUCAGUCCGCAGUUGUACUAAGGUGUGACGGUCUCAGAAUUGCCUGUCGAUGAGAUUAACGGAGUUAUAAUCUUCUCCAGAAAACUUGAUGUACAGGUUGAUAACCGUGAGAUUAUAUUUAAUUUUUCUCAGGAUUGGGAUGAAAUGUGAUUUAUCUCAUUUUUAAACCAGAUAUUUCAAAACAUUUUUGUUUACAGAAAGAUUCUGUCGCAAUAACAGUUUAAUAAAAGCAUCAAGCAAGA